AUGUCAAAUGACACGUCAAGUGAUGGAAGUAACAAUAAUGAGGAUUCUAUCAUGCAUCGGAGAAGGACUAGUGCUACAACACCGAAGUCAAUUGACACGUCAAGUAAUGAAAGUCACAAUAAUGAGAGAGCUGAUAUGCAUCGGAGAAGGAGGAGUGCUGCAACACCGAGGUCAAAUGACCCGUCUAGUGAUGAAAGUCACAAUAAUGAGGAAUCUGAUAUCUAUCUGGAUAGGAGGACUGCUGCAACACCGAGAUCAAAUGACACGUCAAGUGAUGGAAGUCACAAUAAUGAGGAUUCUAUCAUGCAUCGGAGAAGGACUAGUGCUACAACACCGAAGUCAAUUGACACGUCAAGUAAUGAAAGUCACAAUAAUGAGGGAGCUGAUAUGCAGCGGAGUAGGAGGAGUGCUGCAACACCGAGGUCAAUUGAAAAGUCACAACUAAAACACAAAUAUAUUGAGCGAUCUGACUGCUAUCUGGGUAGGAGUGCUGCAACAAAGAGAUCAAUUGUCACCUCACAACUAAAACACAAAGAUAAUGAGGAAACUGAUAGCGAUCUGAGUAGGAGAAUUGCUGCAACACCGAAGUCAAAUGACACGUCAAGUGAUGAAAGUCUCAAUAAUGAGGAUUCUAUCAUGCAUCGGAGAAGGACUAUUGCUACAACACCGAAGUCAAAUGACACGUCAAGUGAUGAAAGUCACAAUAAUGAGGAAUCUGAUAUCUAUCUGGGUAGGAGGAGUGCUGCAACACCGAAAUCAAAUGACACGUCAAGUGAUGGAAGUCACAAUAAUGAGGAUUCUAUCAUGCAUCGGAGAAGGACUAUUGCUACAACACCGAAGUCAAAUGGCACGUCACAACUAAAACACAAAGAUAAUGAGGGUUGUGAUAUGCAUCGGACUAUGAGGAGUGCUGCAACACCGAAAUCAAAUGACACCUCAAGUGAUGGAAGUCACAGUAAUGAGGAUUCUAUCAUGCAUCGGAGAAGGACUAUUGCUACAACACCGAAGUCAAAUGGCACGUCACAACUAAAACACAAAGAUAAUGAGGGAUCUUAUAUCUAUCUGGGUAAGAGGACUGCUGCAAGACCGAGGACAAAUGACACGUCAAGUGAUGAAAGUCACAAUAAUGAGUAA